UUCGCAGUGGCGAACCUACUGACGCUACGGGCACCCGUAUCUGCCAUAGGCACUUACCGAAUACCCGAACCAAAAAGUAUUUAACUUUCGAAUCAUAAUACUGGCCGGCCAGUUUUGUUUUCUUAAAGUGUAACAAAAGAGAUUGUGACGCGACAAAACUCUUUAAACAUUUACGCGCCAAGUGUUCUUUUUUUAAGUGUCAGUGAUAGAUUAAACUUUGUCGUGUUGGCAACAUUGUUAAAGUUCUAAAUUUGAUUGUGUCGUUUAUUUUUUUAAGCGAAUUUUGUUAUUUUGCCCAAAUUCUUGAUGAGUUUCUUUCAAGAGUUUGACGAGGAAAACUUCUUUGUAUAGCUAAGGAAAAAUGCAGCCACACUGGUUGCGAGCGAGAGUGAUGGGCCACGAAGCAGCUUGAAGUUAUGGCGCGCGCCGCUGGCUGCCUGUUUACACUACAUUUAUUUUCUUGCAUUAUAGUUUGCCGUCAAGACAGCAGUAACAGUAAGCCGCGAGACCAAAGUACUGUAUCAGAAUCGUCGAGAAGAUUUCGCACUGAAUUUCUAGAAGAUUGGCCACAGACGCCGGGAGCGCCUUACUUCGAUCCCAGUACGCCUGACAACGUUACAGGAUUGGUCGGUCAUCCAGUCACAUUAUUCUGCAAAGUGAAAAAUCUUCAAAAUAGAACAGUGUCAUGGGUGCGCCACCGCGAUAUCCAUCUGCUGACGGUGGGGCGGUAUACGUAUACGUCAGACCAGCGGUUCGAGGCGCAGCACAAGCCGCGCUCCGAGGAAUGGGCGCUGCGCAUACGCAGCCCGCAGCGCCGCGACUCCGGCCAGUACGAGUGUCAGAUCUCCACCACGCCGCCCAUCGGACACGCUGUCUAUCUCAACAUUGUAGAACCAGAAACCGAAGUGCUCGGCGGUCCAGACUUGUUCAUAUACGCUGGCUCGACAAUAAACCUCACGUGCAUUGUUCGACACACGCCCGAACCGCCAAACACUAUUAACUGGACGCACAGAGGCAAGACGAUUAACUUCGACUCGACACGUGGUGGGAUAUCGUUGGUGACCGAGAAGGGAAUCCACAGCAGUAGUAGACUGCUGGUGCAGUCAGCAAGAACCUCGGACGCCGGCGCUUAUCAGUGUGCACCAGAUAACGCGCAAUCAGCCACGGCUCGUGUUCAUGUACUCACUGGUGAAAGCCCGGCUGCGAUGCAAGGCAGCGCUCAGUGGCCAGACAGUUUCCGUCUGUCCACACUCGUGAGCUUCGCUAGUGUGGUGUACUUACUAAUCGUAUAACGUGUGGACAAAUCGAACUUGGUUAGGAACAAAACGAAGUGUUUGUGAUUACACGGAGCAGUGUUAUACAAAACUCAUAUCUGGUUAUAAUAAAUUCUUAGGUUCUUUAGUUCUUUUCAUUUUAUCCAUUGAAAGAUCUAGAAUCCUUAGUUCUGGUGUUUAUUAAUAAUCUCGGCCAAUAUUUUGUUUUAGAAUAUAUUUGUUGAAUGAUUGAUUGCUGAUUUUAACUACCACUCUGGAGUUUUUAAAUGUUUUACUUAGUUUGUUAAAGUUCGAGCUCUGUACAUUAAUGCUAUUUAUACCUUUGGUUAUGCUUUGGUUAAUGAGAUGUGAGACAUCGAGUUACAUACGGUUACAUACGGUCAAGUAAACGCUGAUCGUGUUCUAAAGUCCAUAGAUUACAAUUUAAUGUUGUUUUACUCAAAAUCAUAAGACAUUCAAUUUUAUUGUGAUUUUGUUGUGAUAUUUGCCAAUGUUAGGAUUACAUCGAUUUCGUUUCUUUUUCAUCGUGACUAUUAAUAGUUUGAAAUAACCAGUCGUAUAAACCAAGCAUUACACAAGAAAUUCUUUUAGACCGUUACCUUUACUUUAGUUAGCGUACGCGAUUUUGAUUGCAACCUGGAUAACGCGCAACAUCACACUAAGAUAUCACGUUAUGUAUCAUCUGGUAACAUUACAUGGCAUAACUCAACAUACGUGCCAAGUCAGACAAUAAAUACGAUAGUCAGCAAUGAUGUGAUUCUAAAAGCCUCUUGUAAAUAAAAUCGACUAUGGUUUUAACGAAUCGAUGUCAUCCUACACUUGCGAUUUGUUUUUUUUUUUCAUGUAUAUAGAAAUGGUGAAAUUAAAAUAUAAGAAAUAAAGACGAUGUCCACGUGUCUGAAAUCAACCUGAAGGACGUACUGUGCCAACGUUGCAUAGAAUAUAUCCUUGAAAUCAGGGUAAUGCUAAUGAUAAAGUACAUUAGAAUAAUUAUGAACCGAUCAGAUUUUUAAAGUUAUUCAAAUUCUUACAUAACGAUAAAAUCAAUGAGAAUAAUUGUAGAUUGUGAAUCUUAGGUAUAGGAUUGUUUUUAAGACUUAAGGAUGGUUUAAAUAAAAUACGAUUUUUAAA